AUGAAAAUUUGGACUUCAGAGCAUGUCUUCGACCACGACUGGGAGACCGUGGUAACAGCAGCAUGGCGAAAGUAUCCUAAUCCUAUGAAUCAAGGAGUGACUGGAAUGGAUGUAUUAAGGCAGACUUUACAUGCAGGAAAACUUCUAUCUGAAAGAAUCAUCCAGUCACAUUUCCAGAUUCCCAGUUGGGCAACAAAGCUGACCGGAUUUUCUGGUACUCAAUACUCACACGAAUAUACCGUAAUCGAUCCAGAAAGUAAAACUAUGUCAUUGACGACGCGAAAUCUUAAUGGCUCACAUUUUCUUCGCGUAGACGAGAAGCUCACCUACACGCCACUUCCAGAAGAUCCGACGAAGACCAUUUUAAAACAAGAAGCCAAUGUCACCGUUACGUUGCCAGCGUUCGCUGAUUAUUGUGAGAAGACAUUCAUUGGGGUUUAUUCUUCAAACGCUGCCAAGGGAAGAAAAGGUGUCGAAUGGGUAAUUGAUCAGUUGAAGAAGGAAUACACUGAUAUCUCUUCGAAGAUCUCUGCCGAAGUUUAUGAGAUGCAGGAAAAAGUUUUGAACGCCUUCAAAAAUGCCGAUAACUCAACAACUCCCAUAUCACCGUGA